AUGAAGCUCUCACUUGCAGUCUUUGCUACUACUUUAGUAGGGAUCCAUGGUUGCUUCCUCACUGCCCACUCUUCCACUGUGGGAAACCCCGCUGUUCAGCAUUCUGAGCCCAAGGGCCACGGUGGAGCUGCGCAGUACGUGACUUGGUCGCAUGGCAAAUGCACCAUCAAGGGCCAGCUCAUGGAUGGCUGCGGUGUAAAGGUCAGCAGCGCUGCUGGCUGUGGAUCAGUCUCGUUCACCAUCGCUCACGCAGGGUAA